CUCUCUCUCUCUCUCUCUCUCUCUCUCUCCCUCUCUACCACCCGACUGAUCAAUCAAGAGUGAACACAAGGCGCGGAGUAGUGUGCCUCUAGCAUGGGCUAUUCAGCCUUCACCUUAGGUAAAAGAAAAGCAAAAGAUGCGUUUCCUGCCUCCCCGAUCUUGCCUGGCGUCUGUUCUGUCCCUCUCCCACUCUCUCGAUUGGAUUCCAGCGAGCAUGGGCAGCGCCGAACAGUCCGGCGGCACGCCAGUAAAGGUUCCCAGCAGCCCCCCCCUCCUCGGCGCCUUCGGUGUACGAAAUGGAAGCAAGGUGAGGUCACCCGAAGCCAAUGGCUGCGCAGCACCUGGUACAUGCAUGGUAUGGCACAAUACGUGUCCGUUUCGUGUCGCAGGCAAUUGGCAGUUGAGAACGGAGGCGUCGCUCAGAACACUCAUUCCUCCCCACGCUCGUCCCGUGACGGAUUCUGCCCCAGACAGAGACCCCUCUUUUCCAGUCUGGGGACCCCGAGAGCCCGAAACUGGGGAACUUCCCCAAGCCUCCCAAAAGCCCAAGCUCCUUGCGCCGCCACUCUGUGACUGGCACGGAAGCCCGUGGUCACGUUGACGCUCGCGCGGCAGGCUGGGUCACGUUCGCCCAUCGCACACGCGCAUCCGAACCUUUGUUAACGUCACAGACCCCCCUUGGGCGGUCGAUGGCCCCGUCCCCAACUUUCCUUCUUCUUUUCUUGUCUCGGGGUGCCUUCAUAAUCGUGGAAGGAGGAACGGUGAACCAAUUGGUCUGGGCAAUGGUUGAGUAGGUUAUAGUGGUUGUGUACAGAUAGAUAGAUAUACGAAUAAUCGCCGCCCCAGACUGAUCCGGCCGCGAGGACUCUACGUUAUGUAGGAACCGGCCAGCUUUCCGUUGCAAUGUGACAAAUUCAUGCAUCUACA